AUGUCGGUGGCCUCGUGUGUGUCCGCAACGAACGUCAGAUGUAGCAUAAAACAGUGUAUUGGGGUUCGAAACGAAACACGACAAAUACGGGUGAAAAGACAACCACCUACCGCUGGGAAGACGAGGUCGAAGCUAGGGUGGGCGAGCCCGAACCGGAAGACGAUGUCGUCGGCGUAG